AUGGAAGGAGGUCGAACUUGGUAAAGAGGAAGUUCAAAAAAUGCUAGAGGCAACUCAAACAGUCGUUAGCUCACACAGCCAAAUGAUGGGGAGACUGACACUCUCAUGUCUACAAUUUAAAAAUCUUAGAUAGCCAGUAUUCUCCAGGGUGCAAGGAAUCAUGUGGGAUAGGAAGUUUCAAGGCCAUACACUCCAGGGGAUUUGCCGAGACAUUUGUUUUCAGGAGAUGAUUACGCCAACAGACCUGGCUCUUCUUACAAGAUGAAGAAUAUCAUUGGGCAGGCAAUAGACGAAUUCUAGAACGCAAUUACCAAUACUUCGUCAAGCUAGAACACCACAACAUCGUCUGCCAAUGGGUUGAAGAAUCACUUGAGAUCAGGAAGCCAGAAUAAGGAUUAAAAUAUCAUUAACGUGCUUCAAAAGGUAGAUAUUUCCAAGAAGGCGAGGAACAACAUAUUGCCUGCUCUGUAGCCCAUUAAUAAAGAUACGCUUAAGAAUAUGAGUGGAAUUAGCAGAUAACAGAUAAAGGGAUUUGAUAGUGGAAAGCCCAUAAAAGUGCAGUAGUAGCAGUCAUCUGAUUAAAUAAAUACUUCAGUAAGCGGAGGUGCUGGUCUAAAUGAGCAAUAGCCAUCUCUCACUGUUUAGGGAACCUCACAAAAGCCUGUGAUUAAACUAAAGAGACCCGCAGCAGGAGGUGAUCAACCAAAGAAAUUGAAAAGCUAAAAGAGCAAUCUACGAGAUGACUACACAGAUUUGAUGAAAUAAGGUGACGAUGCUAGAAUGGAAGAGUAAGAGAGAUUUGAUUAAACUAAGAUGGAGAAUCUAAUUAGAUUGCAUGAAAUCCAGUAGCAGAUUAAGUCUGCAAACAGGACAAAGGAUAAACUUGAUGGUGAAGGAGAGGAUGAAGACUAGUACGAAGACUAUUUUGAAAACCAAAUGCAGUUGGAUAUGGAAGGAGUAGAAUCUUAUCAGCUUGAAGUGGAUUACAGUGGAGCUCUGGAAAAAAUUCAAAACUAAGUCAAAGACAUUGACCAAGAGGAGUUUAAGAAUGAGGAUGAUAUGGAUGACUAGUAUCUUAUGGAGGCGAUGCAGGAAGAAUCCGAAAUGAGUGGGUAUCUAGCAGAGUACUAUGAAGUUAUUAAUGAAAUCAGCAGAUACUGCACCAUCAUCAGUAGCAACACAAAGCAGGAUCAGAAGGAUAAAAAAUAGCAUGUGAGUGAAGAAGAUGUGAUGGAUCUAUGCCCAAGAAUUUAUACCUUAGCUACCGAGUAUGAGAAAUAAAGUGCCUAGAUUUAGCAACAAUGCUUCUUGGAAACACUACUAAAGGGUAGUUUCUCAUUGCUAUCAGUUAAAUAUGCUCGAUGUGUGUUGAGAUUAUCAGCUUGCAACAUUCAUAUAUUCCUCAAGAUAUUCGACAAGUAUAUCCAGAACAUAAACUACGGUACGCAGUCUGAUUUCUAGAAACUGUACAACUACCUUUAUGAGACUAUGAAGAUACUCCUGCUAUAUGCUAAGGAAAAACAGAAUGACAUACUCUUUAAGCAAGAAAAUUUGAUACCUUAGUUAUCUAGAGUCUUACACUAAUGCUUCUUGGAAAAAGCUGAUGUCAUUAUCAAGUUAACUUGCUAAAUUGUGAACAAGAAAGAGAUUAUAAAUGAGGAUCUCAUUUAUGAUUUGGUCAACUACAUUAUUGGCUCAAUCAAAUGUUUCACUCAAAGUAAUCUUGAGGUGCAAACAGAGUCAAUUAAGCAAAGAUAUAUAAUGAUGCUAAGCAAAUGCAUGUAGAGAGCGAUGACUUUCGGAACAAACAUGAGCAAAAAGGCACAGAACCUAGUAUAGAUAUGUGGAGCUCUCAGAAAUCUCUCUAAUGACGAUUCAAGUUAUGAGCAAAUUUGCUCUAACGGACUCAUUCCAAAACUUAUUGAUGUUCUUGACAAUUUUAAGGGCCAUGUUGAGUUAAUGGUUAAUGUCUCAAGAAUUCUCAGCAAGGUAUCAAUGGACAAUGACUGCUCCUAUGCAAUUAUCAAAACCAAAAAGCUUUGCUUAAUGGUGGACUUACUUUUCGAUUAUCACAAAAUAAGAGAUUUCCCAGUAAGAAUUUCAUUUAUUCUAGCCAACUUGACCACUUAUUUCGAGGAAGCAAGGGAGUAACUAGGCGCCUAUCAUAAGAGUCUUUCGAAAGUUCUACAGAUAAGUUUAAAUUACUUUGAUAAGUUUCUUCUGCUUGUAGAUUAAUAGGACGAAACAAGUGCAGUUCAAUAACAAAAAUUACAAAAUUCUGAGAAAAAUAAAAGAGAAGACCCCAUGAUGAACUUUGCUAAUGUUGAGGACAAUCUUAUCAAGCUCAUCAGGCUAGUUGCUAAUUUGAGUACAGACGAAACAUACACUUAAAAGUAACUUAAAAGCCAGUAAGAAAAGCUUAUUUAAUUCAUGUCACAAAUGAUGAAGUCAGUAAGCAAGAGAUCAAUUGAGAAGAGUGAAGAGUUUAUCUUUAAUGCUGUUAGCUGUUCCACUAACAUACUCUUCUAUGAUGUACCAUAGAGUCCUCUUUUAUCAAAUGAGUUGAGAAUUCUUAUGUUUAAUACUUUGAAAGGUUACCUACUUAUUACCACUAAUGAAGAAUUACAGAUUGAGGCUGUUAGAGUGCUUUCUAAUCUCUCAAGACAUGGAGAGCUGUGCUUAGAGUUUGUUAAUGACAAGACAUUCUUAGAGGCAAUUUGCGUUGUAUUAGAUCAUACCCUAAGAGAUUUAGUCUUUUAUACUAUUGGUAUUGUGAUAAACAUUACUAUCCAUGAGGCAAUUAGAGCAAAGGUCUUGGACAAAGGAAUAAUUCCAAAGCUUAUAGAUGUCUUGAAGGAUUCAAAUAUUGAAGAUAUGGAGCUAGCUAAAGUUUCAGCUAAGGCCCUCCAUAACGUUGUUGUUGAAAGUAACUAUUGGACAUUUGAUACAAUCAAGAAAUUGGAUGAUAUCCUAUCAAAUCUUGGAGAAGAGCUUGAUUCUAUUAUGGAUGUUGCAAAUGAUGAAGAGCUUGACGAGAUCAAAAGCCUCAGAGACAUGGUUAAUGCUUUAAUAAAUGACAUGCCUGAGCCAAUGUAUGACUGUCCAGACAUCGCUUGUGGAAGGAAAUUCAAAAAUAAAGAAGAACUUGAUAAGCAUUUCGACAGGAGACACGGAGGAAAGAAGUGA